AUGACUCAAAUUUCAGAAAUUAUUCUUUUGGGUUUCGGGGAUCUCCACGGCCUUCAGUUUCUUCUUUUUGGGCUAUUUCUAGCCAUUUAUGUGAUGACUCUUCUGGGUAACAUUGUAAUUCUCACAGUGGUAUCAACUGAUGGCUCUCUUCACACACCCAUGUAUUUCUUUCUUGGCCACUUCUCCUUCCUAGAGAUUGGCUACACCACAACAAUUGAGCCCAUAAUGCUGAGGACACUGUUAUCAACUCAUGUGCCUAUCUCCUUUCCAGCCUGUGCUUGUCAGUUUUAUUUCUUUGCUUCUCUGGUGGCGACAGAAUGCUUCUUCCUUGCUGUAAUGUCUUAUGAUAGAUACAUAGCCAUCUGCAAUCCACUACACUACUCCAGUAUCAUGGACUCCUGGGGUUGUUUCCAGCUAGCAGUGGCCUCUUGGUUGGCUGGAUUUCUGGCACCUAUCCUGCUCAUGAUCUACAUUUUUCGUUUAACAUUUUGUUCUUCCAAUGAGAUUGACCACUUCUUCUGUGAUUUGAAGCCCAUCAUGAAACUGGCCUGCACUAAUACUCAAGUAGCUGAAAUGAUUUCUUUUAUAUGUACCUCAUUAUUUGCUCUUGGUCCUUUCCUACUGACCUUGGUUUCCUAUAUGUACAUCAUUUGCACCAUUCUGAGGAUCCCUUCUACCACAGGGAAGCAGAGGGCUUUCUCUACUUGUUCGUCCCACCUGAUAGUGAUCAGUCUCUAUUAUGGGACUCUGGGCAUUGUCUAUGGCUUCCCAUCAAUGCCUCAGUAUGAACAUGUAUUGAAGUUGCUUUCUUUACUGUAUACAGUGUUUACCCCUGCUGCCAACCCUAUUAUUUAUUCUCUAAGGAACAAAGAUGUGAAGGUAGCACUGAGAAAAUUGACAGGAUGGCAUACAUAUUUGGUCGAAGAAGGUUGA